GCAGCCCAUGUGACCCUCCCUGCCAACAUGGCGUCCUCCUGCAGCCUGGAGUGGAGGACCCGGGCGGGGAGGCUGCGGCAGAGGCUGCAGGAGGGAGGACGAGACGAUGCACUUUUCUUGAAGGCUUCGGCUGCGCUGCAGAGACUGGAUGAGGCGUGCGCAGAGGAGGAGGCGCGGGGCGCGGAAUGGGCCUCCUGUCUGGGACUUUACACUCAGGCGUUACUAGACAUCACCUUCUACGAAGAAACCCGUCUGGUGGAUGAAGAAUUCCCAGGAGACGACUCCCUGCAGAAAGUGAGAGAUCUGCUCCAGACGUUGUCAGAACCCGAGAGGCUGAGCAGAGGAAACCACCAGCAGGUAGAUUUAGCUCUUGAUGCAGAAGUUCAGGAAUGUCUGCACUGGAGGCGAGGAGCCCUGCUGUACAUGUACUGCCAUACUGUGGGGGAGAGGGAGAGAUGGGCGCUGAGAGAUCCCGGCACCUUCCACCAGUGUCUUCAAGAUGGCGUCAGUUACCUUCUGAAAAUGCUCCAUACACGGAGUCCUGUCCAGCUGGAUGACAAGGUUUCGUAUCGGGACAUAAGCACGGCCAGUCUGCUGGAGAAAGGGAUCUUCAGUGACAUCCACCUUCUGGCUCUGAUGUACUGCGGGGAGAUGUGUUACUGGGCGCGGAGAUACUGCAGGGACAUGGAGACGGCCUCGCACCACACGUCGGAUCCAAAUCCAGGUCUUCACUUUAAAGACAUUGGGGAGAAGGUGCUGGACACGUACGUCUGUGUAUGUGAGGGGCCCCUGCGUGGACAAGGAUGGAGCACAGAUAAUGCCAAGACGAUCCUACAGCAUCUCAAGGAAGACAAAGUCUGAUAAUUGGGGGGGGGGGGGAGUCCUGAAAUUAACCUGUAUGUAAAAUACGUUACUGUGUGUGUGAGUUGGAGACAUUGUAGACAGCCCUGAUGUAACAUAUGAAAGGUCUUCAUGCCGUGUGAUCGCAUCCUGCGGUAUCUGCAGCCGCCGCCGCCAUGUUUGGAGUAAAACAUGAAAACCACUUCUGAGGUACCGGUUUCACCUCUCUGAGGCGCUAUAUACUCCCGUACAGUACGGGCACAGAAAGUGCUGUCCCAGGAUUUCAAUGUAUUGCCCAUCCACAGGACAGAGGUCUGGCUGUUGGGACCACCACCGGGCAAGAGAAUGAGAGUCCUGUGUUCGCCCUCUAUAAAUGGAGAAGGUCAAAUGUGUGCGCUGCCGCUCCGUUCAUUCUCUAUGGGACUGGCAGAAAUCCUCCUUCUUUGCCCACCCCAUAUAGACUAAAUGGCGCCGCAGCGCACACAUUUGACCUUCUCCAUUCCUACAGGGGGACACAGGACCCUCAUGCUCUUGAACAGUCAGACACCUCUCCUAAGCUUAUGGAUUGGGGUAAGUUCACAACGCCUAACCAGCACCGUACGCCUUUAAAGAACGGAGCCUGCCCUAGCCGCCGGGUUUCUGCCGUUUUAAUUAGCAGACCACCGUGGCUAAUGUCUGUGAUCGGCGAUAAUGUAUAGCACAGACAUUUAUCCCCUGAGAUUCUGUGGUCAGUUGUGACCACCGCAGCUGAGACGGCUUUCCCUCAGGAGCGCUGUGGUCCCAGGGCAGGAAUGGCUUUCCUGCUCUGAGAACAGAGAAGCCGUUUGUUGGCACUGGAGGCCAUCAUGCCUGCCACAGGUAUAUUCCUCUGGAGGCCUGCAGGUCACAGUGCUCCCCAUAGUCUGCACGCUUAAAUACAUGUAGUUUAUGGAAGAAGAGAUCUAAUGACUGCAUGUUAAUGUCCCCUAGGGGGACAUAAAAAAAAAUAAAACCCAUUAAAAUCACCCCCUUUCCUUAUAUAAAAAA